AUGGGUGAGGUGGUUGCCCCGACUCGAAAGACUCCACUUGUGGAGUCAAUUCUCAAUGAACUGGGCUUCGGAUGGUACCAGGCCAAAGUGAUAAUCAUCCUCGGUGUGGCGCAUUCCACGGACACCAUGGAGACCAUAAUUCAGGCGAUACUUGGUCCUAGCCUGCGUUGCAGCUGGCAACUCUCACCCGAUUAUGUUGCUCUCCUGACAACCCUGGUCUUUUUGGGCAGCUGCAUAGGCGCGGUGCCCAUGGGCUUCGCAGCUGACAUGUUUGGACGCCAGAAGAUGUGCUUAUUCUCCUGCGUUGCCCUGAUGUACCUCUCCUGGCUGUGUGCAAUCAGCCCCACUUACCCCUGGAUGGCGGCCCUCCGAUUCGUCUCUGGUAUCUUCAUCGGUGGAAUGCUGAACUCUGGCAGCAGUCUCCUUUCGGAAACAAUGCCCAAGCCCUAUCAGGCCACCAGUCAGCUGCUGACGUACACAUUCGAGACCCUGAUCGGUGUCAUCACGGCCAGCAUCGGUCUGGGUUGUCUCAUGGGGAAUCUGAACUGGCGUUACUUUGUCCUUUUCACCACCGCACCGCUUCUACUUUGUAGUAUUGGUCUGGCCUUUUUCACACAGGAGUCACCCGUCUACCUCUACAAUAAACAUCGCACCAUUGAGGCCGCAGAGGUACUCGACCUUAUCGCAAUAACCAAUAAACGGAUGCCGAAACAGUCCCUGCCAGCCUGCGCUGCUAUCGGCGGAGGUAGACGAAAGCGAAAAUCGGGAUACACCUUCUCCUUCACGGGGCGUCUGGUGCAUACGGACGAGACGGAGGAGUUUCGGUUGGAGAAGUAUGGCGUAAAGGAGGUGCUGGUCCUGCUGUUUGGCCGACGACCUUGGGCACUGCCACUGCUGCUCGUCUUGAACUUCCUCUGGGGAUUUAUCUUGUAUGGUGGUGCCACUAUCCUGCCUGUGGAGUUAGCUGUAACACCAAGGACUUGUUUACAAGUACGUGAGUUCUUGUGGUUCGUUAACCUGGCAUGCGUGAAUGGUCAGGCGCAGGCAGGAAUGCCUCCCUUGUAA